AUGACAAGUUCUAAAUGCUCUGUUUACAAUGAGCCUGUGGAAAUAGCCAUGAACAUCCUACUAAUUUUGGAAUUUGGGCUGGGACUCACAAGCAAUGCUAUUGCUCUGUGGACGUUCUACUUCCGUUUGAAAAUUUGGAAGCCACACGCUGUCUACUUGCUCAACUUGGUUAUCGCAGACGUCUUGCUGAACAUUUGCCUGCCGUUUCGACUGGCGCUUGCUCUCAGGUUUAGCAUUAUAGAGACAUGGGAUUAUAGAGAGCUGCUCUGUUCAGUAAUACUCUUCGCACUGUCUCUUUCCCAAGCUGUCUCCAUCGCAUUCCUCACUGCUGUGGCUCUGGAUCGCUAUUUCCGGGUGGUCCACCCUAAUAAUAAAACCAGCUCUCUCACAGCCAGGAAUGCUAAAGUCAUUGCUUGCUUGGUUUGGCUUUUAGCAAUUGGAUUGACUGUUGAGAUCCUGGUUGCUCCUCGACCCAAAACCUCCGAGUGCCGCAGUUUCACCCUACAAGGAGAAGCCAACUUCUACAGCAUCUGGCAUGUCAUCGUAUUCUUUUUGGAGUUUCUCGUUCCCUUUGGCCUCAUUUUGUUUUGCACAGUUGGCAUCGUCAGGAAGCUGAAAAAGAGCCCCCGUGAUUUGAGCAGUCAACCUAAGCUGCGGAAAGCCAUGUUGUUAGUGAUUGCAGUGGUGGUGGUGUUCGGAGUUUGCUUCCUGCCUAGCGUGUUGGGCAGAGUGCUUGUGUAUAUUCUCCAAAGCUUUGAAAGUUGUGCAGCUUUUCGUUUUGCUGUGAAUGUAUUUGAUGUUACUAUCUGCUGGACCUAUCUCAACAGUGCUUUGGACCCCAUCGUGUACUGCUUCUCAAGUCCGACUUUUCGAAGUUCCUAUAGAAAGAUCAUUAAUUCUCUAAGGGUGAGAAGAAAUGAAGUGGAACCCCAGAGCUUGGACAUUUCCAAAGAUUCUGAAAGUUGA